AUGGAGCAGAAGACUAUUCUAUUGUUGAAUGUUGUGGCUAUCCAGUUUAUAUCAAUAUUUUCGGAUUAUUGGAUUUCUAUAAAGUUCAGAACUUCGCCGCCUCCAAACUGCCAACUUCAACACUCAAGUCAAAUCGGCCGAUUGGUUUGUGGUAAUAUUUCAUACACAUUGGUUCAUCAACAUGCCAAUCUUUUCCGUCAAUGUAAUGAUGUCUCAGAGAAUUGCCAUUGGUUUAUCACUUUUCAGUCGUAUUUGGCGAGAGGUGAACAAGUUGAAUCAAACUUUGUGCAAGAUGCAGUUGCACUACUACUUUCUCUAAUUGCUCCUGUUUAUGCACUUCUUGGAUACUUUUUUUCUAAGAAAGCAAACGGAGUGAUUAGAGCAUUAUCAGUAUCUACAUUUGCUUCAGCUGCUCCAAUCGUAAUUACCAUGUUCAUUAUUCAUUCUACAAACACACAAGAACCGAGAAAUGAAGAACAGUUUCUUUAUUACACUGAAGCAGAUUGGAGUCUUUAUUGCGCCGCAUUAGGAAGUUUUUUGAUGGGUUUAACUACGCAUGUUUGCAUGGUGGAGCAUCGACAUUCGGUUGAGCGUCAGCUAAGUCAGCGUCGACGAAGACAGCUACAUAAUGCCCUAAUGUCAUCGUGUCGUCAAGAUAUUGCAAUGGCAAUUCGUGCCAGAAUGACUGUUAUUUGA